AUGCCAACAGGCGCCCUCUCAAUAUCCAUUCCCGACACACCCAACAUCCCAAAAAUCACUACAAAACAUUCUGCUACCCGCCCAACUUUCUUCCCUACAGUCGCUUGGUGGAAAAGCUUCCCAAAACCGUCAUUUACGAAUUAUUACUCCUCGAAUUACAAUAUCCGCAGGAACAAGAAAGACACACAUGAUGAAAAUGAAAGGAGGAUAAUGGAAGAAGGAUUAUUGAGUGAGGGCGAAAGAGAAGAUUUCGAUGGGGUGAUUGCAGGAGUUAGAAUGGGAAACGAAUCCGGGUCGAGCUAUUGGAAGAUGGUUAGUGACGAGGGACGGAGAAAGGGAAAGUUGCGAUUGGUUGUGGAGGUUUUAGGAUGUGUGGGAGUAGUCGUUGCGGUUGUUGGGUUGGGGCUUUUGAUUUUUGGGAGAAUUCCCAUUCGCCGUGGCGUUUUCGUUAAGACUGAAGACUAUCUCAGACAUUCCUUUCAAUCUCUUCAACGACCCUUCCAGUCCUUCGUGAAUGCAAAGACCGAGAUUAUCAAGAAGGGAAUUCAGCAGUAUGACAGCGGACCGGGUGGUUUGGGUGCGAGGCUUGGUGAAGAUUUCUUGUGCGUAUUGAACACUGCGCCGGAAAUCAACCUUAUCAAUACAAAGUAUAGAAAGACUGUUCAAAGGUUAAAUUUGACGAGCUUGGAGAGUAGACAAGACUUGGGGUUUUGA